UUCCUUGUUUAUCACAACAUACUCAAACACACACAGAAAAUUGUGUGUGUGUCUUUCUUACAUUUCUUCUAUUUUCUAAAAACUAGCUAUAUAUAUCUAGACAAUAUAUAUAAUGGCUAGCUUAUCAAAAACAUUACUUGCCAAGUUUUUUGUGCUAAUAGUGGUAAUUUUAUUAAGUAAGGUUGUUCGCGAAGCUGAAGCUAGAGCUUUUUUUGUAUUUGGUGACUCGUUGGUCGAUAAUGGAAACAAUAAUUACUUGGCUACGUCCGCACGAGCUGAUGCCCCUCCUUAUGGAAUCGAUUACCCUCCCACUCAUCGUCCUACAGGACGGUUUUCAAAUGGAUAUAAUAUUCCUGACCUUAUCAGUCAAGCCAUUGGUGAAGAGGCAACAUUACCAUACUUGAGCCCAUCUCUAACAGGCCAAAAGUUACUUGUUGGUGCCAAUUUUGCUUCUGCUGGUGUUGGGAUCCUAAAUGAUACUGGAGUCCAGUUUGUUAACAUAAUAAGGAUCACACUGCAAAUGCAAUACUUUGAACAAUAUCAAACAAGGGUGAGUGAUAUAAUUGGCCCUGAGGAGACUCAAAGGCUAGUAAAUCAAGCAUUGACACUCAUCACAUUGGGAGGAAAUGACUUUGUAAACAACUACUAUUUAGUCCCAUUCUCUGCAAGAUCUAGACAAUUUGCUCUGCCAGAUUAUGUUGUCUACUUGAUCUCUGAAUACCGCAAAGUUCUAACGAAGCUUUAUGAAUUGGGAUUAAGAAGGGUUUUGGUCACGGGUACGGGCCCAUUGGGGUGCGUGCCAUCCGAAUUGGCUCAACGUAGCCGAGAUGGUAAUUGUGUACCCGAGUUGCAAAGAGCCGCGGGUUUGUUCAACCCUCAACUCCAAGAAAUGCUUGAUAGUCUCAAUAGUGAGAUAGGGGCCACUGUGUUCAUUGGUGCUAAUAUUCGACAAAGUAACAUUGACUUCAUUUCUGAUCCUCAAAGAUAUGGAUUUAUAACAUCAAAGGUGGCUUGUUGUGGACAAGGACCGAAUAAUGGGAUCGGCCUAUGUACAGCAUUGUCAAACUUAUGUCCCAAUAGAGAUUUAUACGCGUUUUGGGAUGCUUUCCAUCCGUCUGAGAAAGCAAACAGGCUUAUUGUACAACAAAUUCUACAAGGCGAUACACGAUACAUGUCACCCAUGAAUCUUAGCACCAUCAUGAAGUUGGAUGCAGCUGCGAAUGUGUGAUUUGCACCACUUAUGGGUUCAGUUUUGCACAAUGCAUCUACUAUAUUUAGUUUGCUAUUUUGAUUGUUAAGUUGUAUGUUCUUAAUUACUUGUUAAGAUUGAUUUCUCAAGUGUAAUUUCUACUAUAUUGUUUAAUUUGGUGAUUUAGGCUGUAAACUUUACUUAAUUUUGUGUCUUUUUUAUUGUAGCUACAUUGGUAGCACCAUAAAAUGUUUGUAUCUUUUUAGUACAAUCAAAUAAAAUGGAACUGCAUGUAAGCAAGCUUAAAUA